AUGUCGAGCCGUAUCCAGAAAUUGCGAGAUCUGCGGGCGCAACUGAGUUUUCUGAGUCGAGCAGACGGGUCAUGUGCUCUGGAACAAGGUGCAACGGUGGUCUGGUGCGGUAUCAAUGGUCCCGGUGAUGCACCUAUCAGCAAACGACUCACCGAACGCCUCUUCAUCGAUGCCACGCGAUUAGUGAAUGCUGCACUGGAGCAUAGUGUAGACCGUGUGCAAUAUUCACGUGCUGUUCUCACUGUAACGGUGCAUCAGCUGCAGGAUGAUGGCUCCACGGUAAGAAUUCGUCUAAAUACUCAAAAAGGAGAGAAACUUUUCGACAGAAAAUUAAGUUGUGUGUUUUCAAAAAAUUAAAG